AAACGGAUCCGUGCAUCAGAAGGAUGCGUUAAACGACGAUGACUUUGAACCCUACUUGAGCCCCCAGGCCCGGCCGAAUAAUGCAUACACUGCAAUGUCCGAUUCCUACUUACCAAACUACUACAGCCCCUCCAUUGGAUUCUCCUACUCCUUAGGCGAAGCCGCCUGGUCUACGGGGGGUGACCCACCCAUGCCCUACCUAACCUCCUACGGACAGCUGAGCAACGGGGAGCCUCACUUUCUCCCAGACGCCAUGUUCGGGCAGCCGGGGGCCCUUGGCAGCACUCCGUUUCUGGGGCAGCACGGCUUUAACUUCUUUCCAAGUGGGAUUGACUUUUCGGCUUGGGGGAAUAACAGUUCUCAGGGACAAUCCACUCAAAGCUCCGGCUACAGCAGCAAUUACGCCUACGCCCCGAGCUCGCUGGGGGGAGCCAUGAUUGACGGGCAGUCGGCCUUCGCUAACGAGACGCUGAACAAGGCUCCUGGCAUGAACACCAUCGACCAAGGGAUGGCAGCUCUGAAGCUGGGCAGCACAGACGUCGCAAGCAGCGUCCCAAAAGUCGUCGGUUCGGCUGUCGGGAGCGGAUCCAUUACCAGUAAUAUCGUGGCAUCGAACAGUUUGCCGCCUGCUACUAUCGCUCCUCCGAAGCCAACCUCCUGGGCUGACAUCGCUAGCAAACCGGCUAAGCAGCAGCCCAAGCUGAAGACCAAGAAUGGCAUUGCAGGUUCAAGUCUUCCACCGCCUCCCAUAAAACAUAACAUGGAUAUUGGAACUUGGGAUAACAAAGGGCCAGUGCCAAAAGCCCCGUCGCAGGCCUUAGUUCAGAAUAUUGGUCAGCAGCCGGCCCAGGUGUCCCCUCAGCCCGUGGGUCAGCAGAUCAAUAACAGC